GGUCUCGGGCAGAUACACCUGUCCCGGAGUUAGCUGUGGCCCAGGUGGUGGCCGUGGGAGCGGCCCCACUCCUCUGCGUGGUGCUGAGGCCGUGUUUCUCUCCUGUGAAUGUAAGGUGCCUUCAUGAAUAAUUUAAAUGACCCUCCCAACUGGAACAUCCUGCCAAACCAACGAGAGCCUGGGGGUGAAGGCAGCAGAUGGAACUACGCCUUGCUGGUCCCCAUGCUGGGCUUGGCUGCCUUCCGUUGGAUCUGGACCAGAGAAUGUCAAAAAGAAAUAGAAAAAGAAAAAGAAGAAUAUUAUAAAAAACAUUCAUCUUUACAAAAAGACCUGGAAGCCAAAUACCGGGAUAUAAUCACAGAAAAUCGUCGCACAGUUGCUCAUUUGGAGUUGGAGCUUGAAAAGGAACGCAACAGAACCCAGAGUUACCGUGAAGCCCUCGUGUCCCAGAGUCGCAAACUAGUAGAAGAAAGAAGGAUCCUAGAACAGGAUCAGGAGAAGUUAGAGCGAGAGAAACAAGUCCUUUUGCACUCAGGAGCAGCAGGUAGCUUGUACCAAAGUUGUCUGGCAAAGGAAGAAGAGUGGCAAAAGAGAGCCAAUAUUUUACUAAAAGAAUUUGAAGAGGGACUUAAAGAAAGGCAGGACAUCUACUGCAGUUUUGUUGUACCCAGAAGCCAGAGACUAGAAAUAGAGAAAAAUCUGCUAGUUAAAGCAGCAACUGAUCCUGUUGCUAUGGCUCUACAUAUGGAAAGUGGCUUAAAAGAUAUUUUCAAACAUGAUAACUACUGUGGCAAUCUGCUGAACAGAAACAAAUGUCAAAAUGGAAGACUUAUGUGGCUGUAUCUGAGAUAUUGGGAACUAGGUAUUGAGCUACAGAAGUUCAAGAGGGCAGAAAAGGCCAUGUUAGGAAAACGAUAAGUAGGGGAAGUAAUGGGAUUUCAUGUAUCCACUGUGCGUAGUAGGGACAAUCACGGUUGUAGUCUGAAGCUGUUAAAUUCUCCUACUACGUUUCCAUUUCUGCUCCUUGUUGCACUUGUAUUUGCAUGGGACAUGUGCAGUGUUAGUGCCUUUCCUUUCACUGUCUAACAACAUAUGCUCCAGUGAGCUACGCAUGCUGUUAAAACUCUGUGUGUUUGUAUUGCAGACUGCAGUGUAGUCUAGAGAUACGCCAGCUUCCAUAGGUAUCAGAAGCAGC